CACGGACACGCACCAGGUAAAGACUUUAUCGACAGUGCCUGAAAAUAGGUGUAGCGAAAUAGUUCCAAAAAUGUAAAAUAGGCGUAGGGCGCUGGAAUCAGCCCAGCGUAAACUGUAUCAAGUAAAAAAGAAAGAUCAAGUAAAACGCCGGCGUGGCCCGCUCUCAGGUUUCUCUCUGCAUGGUUCAUACCGAUACCGAAGCGCGUGUGAGACAGUUGCGAAACAGUAUUAAGUAAAAUGCCGGUGUGACCGCUUUCAUGUUUCUCCCUGGCAAAGAAUAGUUUCGCCAGGAAGAUUCGCUUCCGCCGUUCCUCAUUUCGAGGAGAACGGCGACUGCGCGAAGUGCGUACGUCUACGUGACGCUCACGGUCGCGUUGUCGGCGUCGCGAGAUCAACGAGCGUGCGAGACAUCGGAGGAUUCAUGAGCUCGUGGCGACGAGACGGAGCGCGCGCGAGAGCCAAGAAAGCGAAGCAGCUGGAACUAACCUGUACCUACGCAGUUAGGACAAGUUAAGAAUCGAAAGUGAAUACGUAACAAUGGGACUCUCUGACCUUGUUUUCUCGUCGUUCUUUAACGGCUGGUCUACAAUACCAUAGUGGAGUAAGCUUGGAGUAAGGAACAAGGUUGUACGUAUGUACAGUAAGAGGUGGGGAAGCAGCUAUCGACAUCGGCUGCCUGUUAGUCAGUAAUCCAUAAAAUUAUACUGCACGCUCGUGUACGUAAAAUUAUAGAUGGAUAUCUUCGACGAGGAACUGUUUGAUGCAAGACCGAGUUGCAGUACCUCAUCAGCGAACACGAGUUUGAACAUAACGGAGCAAACAAAUGAUUCGCCGAAUUCAACGCAAGAGAAAGACAAUGCCACGAUUAAAGAUAUUUCGAUAAAACUCAGACAUUUACCAGAUACGAAGGUAAAAGAAAUAAAAAAGAAUUCGCGUGUACCUAAAAAGCAGAAAUACCGAUGGAAACACGGACAUGCGGAUAGAAGGAAAACCUCUCGUUUUGCCCUUUCACCUUCGAGAUCUCAGCAUGAAUUUCAAAAAAUGAAUCCUGCCACCGAAGUUGUACCGGUAUCGUUAGAAAGUGAAGAAGCUGAAGGAAUGCAUACACACUUGAAUAAUCCAUUUUGUGAAGUAGGAGAAUCAUACGAAAAUAAUCAGAAGAGUGAGCAAGGUGCACACGGCGAGACUGAAAGUUGUAUUUUAUCGUUGUCUCCAACGGAAGAAGAAGAAGACUCGUGUAGUUAUAUAUGCGCACGUACUUUACCAUACGAUUUUCAUCAGAAAAGCGGCAAAACGUCUGAUAAUGGGACCAUAGUAAAGGAUACUGUUCCUUCAUUUUUGCUACCAUCGUGUAGUAAGAACACAGAGCCGAGUUUGCUUGGCAACAAGUCCUGUCUGUCUAACUAUUUAUCUUCAAAUAGCAGCAGAGCGAAGAAAAAUCUAAUUCGUUCAAGAUUGCAAUUGAUGGUCAAAAAAAUAACAGAAAAGCCAUUGAAUGAAUGGAAAUAUAAAAGAAAAUAUAUUUCGUCUGACAGUGAAACUGAAGAACUACCAAAAGAGCUACCUGUACCGAAAAAGAAACGUCGCAAGACAUCCUUGAAUGAAAAUGAUUAUGAAGAUGGAUCUGCGAGUAAUGCGAAAACGAUUGGGGAUAAUAAUCUGAGUGAAUCUCAUUUGUCUCUUGAAACGAUUGAUAAACAGAAAACGAAUGUACAGAUUAAUUUCACGGCGCGGGUUAUUUUAACAAGAUUGGAAGAAAUGGAAGAUGAAAAUGUUAUUAAGUGGCGAGACAAUAAAAUGAGGCCUUCAGAUGUCAUUGCAUCCGAACCAGCAGCAGUAGAGGAACAACAAUUAGACGGACAAGAGCUAUCGCAAACUUUGGUAACUACAGAAUCACAAGCCGUAUCAACUUUGUCACAAGAAGACAGAAAUAUCUUGAAAACAAAAGAUAUUUCUAAGGAUCUUUCGUUAACCAAACCCAGUAGUUAUGUUAAAAGACACUGCACAUCGAAGUCAAGGUUGAAUAUACUGAAAGCGAAAUACAAGGUGUUCAGGAAGCUCAGAGUUUUAAUGCUAAAACUGGAUUCUUUAUUAUGUUCUUCUAAAGAUGGUAGAUAUUCAGCGACCGAGGUCGAGAAUGUAACGAAAAAAUAUAUAACCUUUGUGUCAAAUCGUUGUAAAUCUCGUGGAUUAAAAAUGUGUAAACACGUGCGCUUACGAAGAAGCACUACGAUGAACGCAAAAAUUACCGCUAAAGAUCACAGUGCAGAUCCUAGCGUGUCUAAAGAGCAAAGCACGAACAAAAUAUUGAAACCAUCAUUCACAGAAGAAAGUUCAACAAUACCAUUAUUCACAGAAGAAAGUUCAACAAAAGACGCUCCAACCAUAGAAAACAAUGUUAAGAGUACUCCAUUCAAAAUCCAUUACAAGAACACGAACAUCCAGAAUCAAGGUAAAUCUUCAUCGGUAAGAACACCCGGAGAGAAGUUUACUUUGUCACCGCGGAGUAUAGAAACAUGGCGGAAUGCAUUUCGCAAACUGAUAAAUCCACAAAAUCCGCAACCACUCUCCAAUCCGCGAAAUUCUCCUCAAAUGUCGGCGAGAGCGAAAUGUGAGAGUGUUGUCACUUUGCCUUCCACCUCUAUGUCUUCCACAAAACGCAAUACGCCGGUUGGAUCUCCUAGAAAACCCACUUCGCCGGAGAAACAAACAGAAGCCUCAGCAAAUCCGGUACAAUUUGAAUAUACAUUCAAUCCCGAGUCAUCCGUCAGCAGUAAGAAUCUUCCAAGUGACGCAAAUGUUGAAAAGAUUAGCUCUAGAAGUGGCUUUACUCAAGCUAAGGACAGCAUUGUUUCUAAAAGCCCUCAUAAAAACGUGAAAGAAGCAAACGUUAUUACAGCAGACGCUCUCUUGAGUAAGAAAAUAUCAGAAAUGUCAGCGAAAUUACGUGAGAAAAUGAACAAUCUUGAAUUAUCAACUAGUAAUAUACCUAUAAAGACGAAGAUCCUAGAAGUGCGCGGCGUUGAACAGUCACCAAGCAAAGAGGAACAGGCAUACAAAUGCACCGCGUGCGGCGCGGCAUUCAAGGAUCAAGAACUGUUGUUGAAACACAUGGUUACCAAUUCGCAUAAUACAUGUACAGUUGUUGCGAGUCCUACAUCUAGGAUUGUGUCGAGAUCCGUAAAAGCGCGUUUGAAGAAGUCACGCAAGAAAAGUAAAGUUAAAUCAACCAUGAAGUCAAAGUCCGAGAUGAAUAUGAAAUCAUUAAAUGGAGCGUUGUUAGGCAAUACUGUCAUGAAUAAGUACAACAAACAUUUGAAAAACGCAAAACCGUCGACGUCGCAAAAGCAAUGUUCUUCUGUUAGCGAGGGGGGCAGCAAAGAAAUUCCCAUCUUGCCUUUGAAGAAGUCACGCAAGAAAAGUAAAGUUAAAUCAACCAUGAAGUCAAAGUUCGAGAUGAAAAUGAAAUCGUUAAAUAGAGCGAAAAUUCUACAAUCCAAAAAUACUAAAACAAAUAAAGUGAGAAACGUGGUUAAGUUAAAACAGGCAACGUGUACAGUUUGUUACCGGGUCUUUGAUACUAGUCGACAACUAUUUAAGCAUAUGUUCGAGCAUGUAAGCGAAGAUAUCCGCAGUAUGAACACGUCGCUUGAAAAUGAGAUUGCUUCUAGUCGUCAAGUAGUUAUCGAGACUAAUGAGCUGGUCUCCAGUGAAAAUGUGGUGGGAGCAGCUGCGAAAAAAACUAAAGUAGCCAAAAACUAUGUCACUGAGCAAAAGAAGAGACUGUCAGAAAAUGUGAACGAAAUAAAUUCACAGAACCUUGUUACUUCAGAAGUAUCGCAGCACGGUGCUACUGAGGAAAGAAACGAAGCUUCGAAUUUGUCGGUGGCGGAGUACACUGUAGAACGUGAUUCACAAAAACAGUCGACGCCUGUAGCGAGGAACGUCAAGAAGAAGGCGAUGCAAAAUGCGGAGAAAAGAAGAACGUGCAUCACCAAACCGGCUUCGGAUCAAUCGACGAAGUCCCUCACUAUCUGCGAGUGCCACAGGCCCAAGGCAGACGACAUAUCGGCAAAGAAGAUUCAGAUCGAGAUAGUUUUGCUGUGCACCACUUGUAAAACACUGUUUCGACGCUUGGAAUGCUUCGAGACGCACAGCAUGCAGGAUUCUGCAAAAGGCACGCUCUGUAAUAAAAAUCGACGGCAUAGAAAAUCCAAGUUGAUGUGUGUCAACUGUCAGCAGGUAUUCAACUCUCUCCAGGAGUUGAUGUAUCACCUAGCGAUGCAUUCUCGGCAACUUAACUGCAUGGGCACGGUGUCUUUUUGCUGCAACGUAUGCAAAGUAAUCUUCUAUUGUUUCGGACACUUGUUCAAGAGCCAUUUCCAGAAUCACAUGAAGAACUCGUUCUUCCUGGCUAGCAGUCUUUCGUUCCCAAGGCCUUCCUACAUUGGCAUGAAACUUAUAUCGGUAACAAAGGACGAUAAUGACAAGGCGGUAGAGGCUUAUAUGCAGGUAGCCGAACAUGUGUGCCAGGAUUGUGAAACGCCCUUCGUCUUAUCACAGCAUCUGCUAUUGCACAAGGCGGUCUGUCCAAACGUCACUAACACAUCUGCCGAUCCUCGUAAUAGAUUCUCAAUAUCUUCCGCCAGAACAUCAAUUCUGCUGAUAUGCGGAUUCUGUAACAAGACAUUCUAUAGCAGAAUGUCUUUUGAGGUGCACUCAUUGGAACACACGCAGAAACGGGAUAUGCAUUUACACUAUACUUGCGCGUCUGUUACCGCUUUAACAAAAGUAUAUAUUUGCAAAGUGUGCACAACUAUGUUGCAGUCUUUGCAAGCCUUCGAGGAGCAUUGGCAGACUCAUAAAGAGCUGCGAGAGGACUAUAUAUGCUCUCGCUGCCAUAAUCAUUACAACAGUAUCGAUCUGUUUCAGAAGCAUAUGAUUAUACACAAGAAUAACAGCGAGAUGCAACAAGCGCCGAUCACAUGCGAGGUAAUCUAUCGCGAUAUCAGCAAUCUUAGCUCCGAGACGAAUCAGCCAAAAGAAGCUACCGUUGACGAUUUACCUUGCAUGGAUUUAAGUUAUUUCGCUGAGAAGACUGUAAAGGAUAAACCAAGCGAACCACAAGAACCGACUCACUCAUCAGAGAGUCAAUCCAUGCAAGAACCGAUGAUAUUGGUCGCGCCAGAAUCGUCAGUAUGCUCUAAUACAGAAUUACAAGCAACCAAGAAUGUCUCGCUGGUUCCGGUGCAAGUUCCCUCGCCCAAUGUUGCAGUUGUGCUGUUAAAUCGAAACAGCAAUGAAAACUUAAGGAAUCUUGAUGAUGAUUCGGGUGAGGAAGAGGAACUAACAAUAGUGUUGUCGGAAAGUGAAGAGAGUUCGGUUUCCAAAGAGAUUAGGAGAAAUGCUGACAGUACGCCUUCCGCGAAGCAUCAGAAUGCGCAAGAAAACACGAAAUCAACGAUAUCUAAUUCGGCUGUUACUGGUGAGCAAAUGCAAUGUUCUAAUGACACGGCUCAAGCCACUACAUCCGCGAAAAUCUCGAAUGGCAUGAAUACAAGUACGAAUUCAAAUGCUGAAAUUAGCAUGAUAACUCCGAGAGAGUCUGUGAAUACGCAGCUGAACACAAAUGCGAGUAAUUUGAAGGAUAAACAGGUAUCUGUCCGCGGCACAAGUGUCAACUCAACGGAGACGCGAACCGAUCACGCAAACAAGACUGUCAAGAGUAAUGUUGAUGAUUCGGCGUUGUCAAACGCGAAUUCGAGAAAACAGAUCACGGAAUCGUUACCGAAGGACGCCAUGAGCUCCGUGCCUAAGUCCUUCUUGCGUGUGAAGAACUUAGCGGAACUCAUAGGCAAUCCAAUGGAGAAAUACUUAUGUAGUACGUGCGGUUUGUUGUUCGACUCCCAGCAGAUAAGGGAACAUAGUAAUCAGUGUUCCAUGUCGGUACAAAAUACUCGUCAGGGCAAAGAUAAUCAAACAUCUUUAGCUGAUAAGAUCUGGCCGGCGAAACCGACGUUCGAUCCCUUUGCACUCUUGCCUACAUCAACCCAUUGUUCCCUUCCUUCUGUAACGUCGAUCAGUACCGUGACUAUACCUCUCAACACACGUCCGAAGGAUUUUCCCCAAGUGGUUGAUACCGCCAUUUUAAGUCACAACUCUCGAAAAUUUCAAGUAGCUGGUGUGAAGCCACUUAUAAAAAAGUCUGUAACGAGUGCAAACGUAUUAAAACCGAAUAAGACGCGACCUAGUGAAGUGACGCGUCCAUCAUUGAACAAUAUCAAUGCUACAGCGCAGCAUGACCCACAAAAGACAGGCUAUCACCGAAACUUACCUCCUCAUGUCAGCCAAUCAUCAAAGAAAUUAGUUCAACCUACCAAACAGCAACAGAGUCCUGGUACCGCAGCUGUUAGGCCAUUCUUACAAAUUGCUUAUCAAAAUCCCAAGCCGCCGCCGCCGUCAUAUUCACAACAUCAACUGCAACAACAACAGUUGCAGCACUUGCAACAACUACCACAAAUGCAACAACAGCCACCACAAGUGCAACAACAGCCACCACAAGUGCAGCAACAGCCGCAGCAAAUGCAACUACAGUUACAAAUAUUACAACGUGAAGAACCGUUGCAGCAACAGCAGGGACAGGGACUGCGACAGCAGCAGCAAGAAUUGCAACAGCAGCAGCAGAUGUUGCAACAGCAACAGCAGCAGCAGCAGCAGCAGCAGGAAUUGCAACAGCAGCAGGAAUUGCAACAGCAGCAGCAGCAACAGAUGAAUAUCGGCAAUGAUUUCGUGCAGUACCUAAUAUGUAAGACAGGCACGUCUUUCCAACUAACAUCGAACGACAUAGCACCAACGAACACAGAUAUGCUCGUGACCGUGAAAACAAUGCAGCAGAUUAAGGAAAACCCAAGUCGCUACAUCUGCUUAUUCUGUCCAGGCUUCGAAUGUGGUUCAGUGCAAGAGUUUGCGGUACAUGAGCAUUCAUCAAAGCACGAGGCCCGCAGUCGUUAUAAUAGCGUUAUGUCAAAUGUAAACCGUUGGUAGCAAUCACAUUUCUUUAAACCUUGGACACAAACAAACGGUGAAGUUCAGGAACACUUAUCUCUUACCUCCAUUUACCUCUGUUUGAUGAAGAGAAAUUCUAUUCUAUUUCAAUUAACUUUUGAAUUGCACGAUUCUGUUUGAAUGCAAUCUAGUAUAGUUUAUAUAAGUUCUUACUCGUUACUUCAUAUGUGUAUUUGUAAAUAAUCAUGGAAUUAUGCCUCAUAUUAGCAACAAUAUUUUCAUUUCUUUUUAAAAUAAAAUUGACGUGUUAUGUAUUCUAUACAGUCAAUAACACAUGUCAAAAUUUCAUUACAUUGAUGAACAUACAAAAACAUAUUGUUUGAAUAUAAAGGAACAUAUGUUAUUUAUCUGAAUUAGGACGGAAACUUAACAGUUGCUGUUGUAUGAUCUUCUGAUCCUCUGAACAAUCUUUUUGGUAAAUGAUGUUUAUAAAUCUUUGUAUUUAAAUCAAUUUUCUUAACAAAAUUACUUUUUUUAAUAGGUAUUUAGGUUUAUAAACAUCAAGUUGCGAUAUAAUUGUAAUAUAGGUAUUUAGCUGAUCAUCUUGUGCCAUUCUCUGCUGUUGUUUAUCACUUGCAACAUUCUCGUUAAUAUAUUUUAUCGUUCUGAACAACUAUGUACUUGUCAAAACAUAACUAACUUUUAACUAGCUGUAGCAGUUUACAGAUACAAUUUAAUAGGAAUGUUUAAAAAUUUUUUAAUCAUUUUUAUUAUUUGUCCUGUUGUUAUCAGUAUUCCAUAUUCAUUGUGUUUCACCGUACUUGUAAAUAAUUAUAUAAUUUUUCCUGUUAUCAGCGAUUACAAAUUCAUUAUUUUUUACAAAAUUGGUAUUACCUAAUGUGACUAGUAAAUAAUAGACGUCAAAAUUCUCUACACAAAAAUAUAUAGAUUACUAUAUAUUUUAUUAAUAACUAACUUCUCUUUCUGCUUUUUAUUUUGACACGAUUAAUUCUUUUAUUAAUAAUAGGAUAAAUGUUUCAGAGAAGACAAAAAAUUUGCAGUAAUACUGUUAAAGACGAAUUUAUUGCGAAAAUAAUAUAUAAUUGUUUUAUUUAUCUGAACUGAUAAAAUGAUUAACAAUUUAUUGUUAUAAUAGAUGCUACUUAAUCAUAGAUCUUUAUGUCAUUGAAGACAAUCAGAUAUUAACAUUUUAAACACUAUUAGAAGAUACAGCUAUUCAUUUGUAUUGAAGACAAUUAUUUAAGUAGCAUUUAUUUAAAUUUUCAACAAAAGUAAUUUUGACUAUCUCUUGAUAAGAGACUUAUAUUUAGUGCUGCAUACAAAUGUUCAUUUAGCAGCAGAGCAUAUUUCACACAAUACUUUAAUGUUUUCAGACUGUUAAACUAUGAUUUAAUUUAAUGAAUGCAACAAGUGAAGAUUAUUUUCAGAAAUACAAAGAUUUGACUUGGCACAUAUAUUAAUUUUAAAUUGUUAAAAUUCUUUUCUUGUACAGCAACUUGUUAACAGUAACGUCUGAUGAUGAGAUUAGUAUUCAAGAAAAUAGGAUAUUUCGAGAAGUGGUUGGAACAUACAGCAGGAUAUACGCGUGUAUUAUCUAAAGUAUGUUUCUAGUGAUUGUAUUUGUACUGAAGAAUAACCGAAUUUUUAUAAUAAAGUGACAUUUUGCAGUUCAUUCUGCUUAAAACAAAAA